UUGAUAUUACAAGGAUGCUAUAAGAUAGAAUAUUGAUCACGUGUAAUAUUGAAUACAUUCUAGUUAAAAUUUAUUCAACAUAUAGUUAGCUUGUUACCAAAAUCAUUUUAAAUAUCUCGUAAAAUAAAAGCGAUUUCUUUAAUAAUUCGGCAAAAUACAAUCGCACACGCCAUAUUAUUACUCCGUUGAAAAGGAAGUUUUAAUGAUUGGUUUGUCAGAGAGUCAAGGUGACGUGUCCAAUAUUUUUCAGGUUUUUCAUUUAUAAUAUCGCAAAAUGAAUGCUUUUAAACGCGACAAAAAGGAAGAGGAAGAAGGCGGCGGAAAUCCUUUUCAAAACUUAGAGAAAACUACUGUACUCCAGGAGGCACGAACUUUUAAUGACACCCCUGUAAAUCCAAAAAAAUGUGCUCAUAUUCUUACCAAAAUUUUGUACCUGUUGAAUCAAGGAGAACAAUUGGGUACUACCGAAGCAACGGAAGCAUUUUUUGCAAUGACCAAGUUAUUCCAAUCCCGAGAUAUAGUAUUGAGGCGUUUAGUUUAUUUGGGUAUAAAAGAAUUAAGUUCAUUGGCAGAAGAUGUGAUUAUAGUUACAUCCAGUCUUACAAAAGAUAUGACUGGAAAAGAAGAUUUAUAUAGAGCUGCUGCGAUAAGAGCUUUGUGCACUAUUACUGACGGUGGCAUGUUAGCAGCAAUUGAACGUUACAUGAAACAAGCAAUUGUUGAUCGUUCUCCAGCAGUAUCUAGUGCCGCAUUGGUUUCAUCUCUACAUUUGACCAGUGUAUCCAGUGAUGUUGCCAGAAGAUGGGCCUACGAAGCCCAAGAGGCUUUAAAUUCUACCAAUGUAAUGGUACAAUACCAUGCAUUAGGUGUUUUAUAUCAAGCAAGAAAAACAGAUAAACUCGCUGUUAUCAAAUUAGUAGCAAAACUUAUGAGAACCAGUCCUAAAAGUCCUUAUGCAGGUUGUAUGUUGAUAAGAAUGGCAUGCAAACUUUUGGACGAUAUGGAAGAAGGAGAAGAUCUGUUAGGAUACAUUGAAGCAUGUUUGCGUCAUAAAUCAGAAAUUAUUGUUUAUGAAGCAGCUCAUGCAUUGGUUAAUCUUGGAAGAAGCGGCCUUAAAGAAAUUGGACCUGCUAUCAGUGUCUUACAAUUAUUCUGUGGAUCUCCUAAGCCAGCUCUUAGAUUUGCUGCUGUUAGAACUUUAAAUAAAGUUGCAAUGACACAUCCAGCAGCAGUUACAGCAUGUAAUUUGGAUUUAGAAAACUUAAUCACAGAUUCCAAUAGAUCAAUUGCUACUUUAGCUAUUACAACACUUUUAAAAACUGGAGCAGAAAGUUCUGUAGAUCGUUUGAUGAAACAGAUUGCUACUUUUGUAUCAGAAAUUUCAGAUGAAUUUAAAGUUGUUGUUGUACAAGCGAUAAGAGCUUUGUGUCAAAAGUUCCCACGCAAGCAUACGGUUUUAAUGAAUUUCCUUUCUGCUAUGUUAAGAGAUGAAGGUGGCCUCGAAUACAAAGCAGCUAUAGCCGAUACUAUCAUAGCUGUUAUGGAAGGAAAUGCUGAAGCCAAAGAGGCAGGCUUAGCACACUUGUGUGAAUUUAUAGAAGAUUGUGAACACAUUUCUCUUGCAGUACGUAUAUUGCAUCUGUUGGGACAAGAAGGACCGACAUCCAAACAACCAUCGAGAUACAUUCGUUUUAUCUAUAAUCGUGUCAUUCUUGAAAGUGCAAGUGUACGUGCUGCGGCUGUAACAGCUUUAGCCCGUUUUGCUGCAGCAUGCCCACCUCUUCUUCCAAAUGUUCUUGUACUUUUAUCUCGUUGUCAAUUAGAUUCCGACGAUGAAGUUCGAGAUCGCGCAGCAUACUAUUGUACGAUUUUACAAGAACAAAAUGAUCCAACAGUAUUGCCAUUGAUACAGCCUCCUCUUUUUUCAAUACCUAGUUUGGAAAGAGCUUUACGAAAUUAUAUGAAAACGUCUAUGGAAGAACCGUUUGAUGUUUCCCAGGUACCACCAGCGCAAACUAUAGAGGAACCAGCACAAGUAGAAAUACAUACUACUAUAAAGUCACAACAAACGCGCUUAACAAGGGAAGAGAGCUUCAUAGAAAAAUUAUCACAAAUACCACAAAUAGCGAAUAUUAUCAGAGGAUCUUCCCUUCUGAAAUCUUCUACUGUAUUUGAAUUAACUGAAUCUGAAACAGAAUAUAACGUGAAAUGUAUCAAACACACAUUCGCGGAACAUCUCAUUUUGCAAUUCGAUUGUAUAAAUACACUUUCUGAUCAAUUUUUGGAAGACGUUAGAGUGGCUAUCGAAGCAACCGAAGGUUACACCGUUCUAUGUGAAGUACCUUGUCCACGUUUGUCGUAUAACGAACCAGGAACAACUUACACAGUAUUAACUUAUCCGGAAGAUGUACAUGUUAGUGUUGCGACCAUGCCUACGACUCUUCGUUUUAUGGCACGUGAUUGUGAUCCUACGACAGGCGUUCCAGACACUGAUCAGGGUUAUUGCGACGAAUACAUGCUGGAAGAUUUGGAAAUUACAAUAGCCGAUCAAAUUCGAGGUGUAGGAAGUAGGGGAGUAGAUUUUGGUGCACUUUGGGAUGCAUCUGCUGCCAAAGGAUAUGCUAAAUUGGAAGAAACUUUUGCUCUGGGAGCUACAGUGACAAGUUUAGAAGGAGCGAUACAAAGUCUUACAGGAUUUUUGGGAUUAGAUGCGGUAGAACGUAGCGAUAGAAUACAUCCGGGAUCUGCGUCGCAUAAUCUAUUAUUAAGUGGUGUUUUUAGAGGCGGUAAGGAAGUACUUGCACGUGCAAGACUAGCAUUGUCAGAUAAUCAAGUAACAAUGCAAUUAAGUGUCCUAUGUCCAGAUCCAGAUGUUGCCGAACUAAUUCUUUCUGCAGUAGGAUAAGCGUAAGAGUAAUUUUUCUAGAAAAUAAACCUAUUUAUGCGUUACAAAAUGAUUUUUCUAAUUGAAGGAAAGGAAAGUCUAUACCAAAAGAAAAACCUUUCAUCAAGAUCGUUCCAUUUUAUAUUACUAUAGACUUAUACAUGAUUUAUAACAAUUAACAAGUUGUUAUUUUUCUUUCAACAUAUAUUAUAUACAUGUAUAUUAAUAGAAUAUGGUAUUCAACAUCUAAUAGUCCCAUUGUAUUAACGAAAUUACAAAAAACAAACAAAAACUUUUGAUAGAAUAUGAUUUGUUAUCACAUAAACUCUUAGAAUUUUAUUCAUUCUAUGUUAUAGAUGAGAAUAAAUAUAAUGGAAGAUGGCAUACAUUCAAUUUUGCAAAAACCAAUUAGUAAAUAAAUAAAUAAAAUACUAUAUAUAUA